GUACAUUCGAUUCGAUAAGAUAACAUUAGUUGCUGAAAAAAACUUAUAAAUUUGGAGUAAAUCAUUUUCUUUUCUUUAUUCACAAGACUCAAUCGCGAUGAAGGAAAGAAAACGAAAAAUAUUCAUCUAUAGUGUUGAUGGUGUUGGCCAUUUGAAUGCCAGUAUCGGGCUUGGACAGGCAUUACUUAAUCGUGGACAUGAAAUAUAUUUCCUAUGCACAUUGAUGUUUGUUGAUAUGAUUAAGAAGUAUGGUUUCAAAGAAAUUGUUCUCACUACCAAACUACAUGAACAAGCUAAUAAUGACAAUAAAAGUGAUGAUGAUGGUGAGGAAGAAAAGAAAAAUGCUCAUCCUAUUCAAUCGAUAGAUAUGAUGAUCAAAACAUUGCAACAAGUUGGUAUAUUGUCCGAUGUUCGACCGAUCGAUAAAUUGAAAAUUUUUGAUUCGACACGUGAUGAUUCGAUUGGUACCCACAUGUAUAAUGAAACCAUCGAAAUUCAUCAACAAUUUGUCGAUGCUAUUCAACGUGAACAACCGGAUCUGAUAAUUUUGGAUACUAUGUUGGUCGAUCCAUUCAUCGCAUUUGGCCAAAUUCCAUGGGCAUUUUCCUUGAGUGCUAAUCCUACUUUUUUGCUUACAAAUCAUCCGGAUAUACCACCGGCUUGUUCAGGUUUACCAUCCAAUGAUCGAACAGAAUGGGCUGAAUUUCUUGAUGAAUUCAAUCGAACAUUUAAAAAAGAUAUGCGAUAUUUUCAAAAUAAACUUAACCAACAUUAUGGUUAUCCUGAAUCAAGUGAUGAUAAUUUUCUUGUACAUUCACCAUAUCUAAAUUUUUAUGGAUAUCCAAAAGAAUUAGAUUAUACUGAUAUUAUUGGUAAAAUGCCUGAUAAUUUUAUUCGAUUGGAUGCAUUUUGUCGUCAGGAAUCUGAACCAUUUCAAUUACCCGAAGAAUUUCAAUCGAAACUGAAGCCUGAUGAUAAAUUAAUUUAUUUAUCACUAGGUUCUUAUGGUUCAAUGGAUGUUUUGCUGAUGAAACGUUUAGUUGAAGCUUUAUCGAAAACACCGUACAAAUAUAUUGUAUCGAAAGGAGCACUGCAUCAACAAUAUGAAUUAGCUGAUAAUAUGUGGGGCCAGGCAUUUCUACCACAAAUUCGUAUACUUCCAUUAGUCGAUAUGGUUAUUACACAUGGUGGUAAUAACACUGUAACCGAAUCCAUUUUAUUUGGAAAACCAAUGCUAGUAAUACCAUUGUUUGCUGAUCAAUUCGAUAAUGCACAACGUAUCAAAGAAAAAGGUUUUGGUGAUCGUAUUGAAGCCUAUCGUUUCGAACAUGAUCAAUUAAUCGCAAUGAUUGAUAAAAUUAUCAAUGAUAAUGACAUACGAGAACGAUGUCGUAAAGCAGCCCAACGAAUCAGUGUCGACGAUUCGAAAAUAAAAGCCUGUGAACAAAUUGAAAAAUUUUUAGAUGAUUUUUCAUCAUCAUCGCCAGCAAAUGCAUGACCUUUUUUAUGAAUAGAAUUGAUUAUUAU